AUGGAAGAAUACAAACCCCCAGCUCUCCCCUCCCCCUUCAACAAUACCAUCCCACCACCAAUCCUCCUCACCCAAGGCGCCGAAGCCCAUCUCUACAAAACUACCUCCCUCGACCCCUCCAUCCCCGCCGCGCUCAAGAUCCGCCCAUCAAAACCCUACCGGCACCCAAUCCUAGACCGUCGACUUACCCGCCAACGGAUAAUUUCCGAAGCGCGAUGCCUCGCGAAACUCAUACGGGAGGGCGUGAGCGUCCCAGCACUCCUAGCCCUGGACUGGGAGGGACAUGGCGGCCCCGAAGGCGGGUGGGGCGGCGCCUGGCUAAUGAUGGAGUGGAUUGACGGUCCUGUGGUGCGGGUAGUUCUCGAGCAGUGGGAAGCAUGGAUGAAGCAGAACGAGGGCUCGCUGGAUGAGUCACAGAUUGAAAACGAAGAGGCGCGUGUGCGCGGCUUGCUGAGGAAAAUGGGCUCGGCCAUCGGUGUCCUGCACAAGGCCGGUAUUGUGCACGGAGACUUGACCACGAGUAACCUCAUGCUGCGUCCAUCUGCGGACGCAGGUGAUGCGGUUGAGGGCACUGGAGCGCCCUCUUUGGAGGGGGAUGUCGUGCUGAUUGAUUUUGGUCUUGCGUCGCAUAGCAAUCAGGAUGAGGACCGGGCGGUGGAUUUGUAUGUUUUGGAGCGGGCUAUUGGGAGCACGCAUCCGCGCUCGGAGCCUUUGUUCGAGGCGCUGAUUACGGGUUACCGGGAUAGCUACAAGGGGGCUUCUUCCGCGCUGAAGAAGCUUGAGGAUGUGCGCUUGAGAGGGCGGAAGAGGAGCAUGCUUGGUUAA